AUAAAUUCCCUUUCUUCUCCAGCUCUCCUGUACGCCACCAUCUUUGGAAAUGUGACCACCAUCUUCCAGCAGAUGUACGCCAACACCAACCGCUACCACGAGAUGCUGAACAACGUGAGGGACUUCCUCAAGCUCUACCAGGUGCCCAAUGGACUGAGUGAGAGGGUGAUGGACUACAUCGUCUCUACAUGGUCCAUGUCCAAGGGCAUCGACACUGAGAAGGUGAGCCAUGCCCCUGAGCUUGGACCCAGGAGAGAAAGGCUCUAACAACACCAGGGCUGCCUGGGGGUUAGAGCACAGGAGGGAUGGGCUCUAACAACACCAUGGCUGGGGUUAGAGCACAGAUACAGUAGUAGUAUGGUUAUGAGAACUGCAGAAAGCUUGUAGAACUCCCAUUGGAUUCUAAUGAAUGGGAAUACACAAUACCGCAAUGGCUCAGUACAAUGGUGAAACCCAUACUAUACCAUGCAAAGUAAUACAAACAACCUGAAAGCCUGAUGGACAGGUGUCUGUCUGUCCUCUCUCCAGGUGCUGUCUAUCUGUCCUAAGGACAUGCGGGCGGACAUCUGUGUCCACCUGAAUCGGAAGGUGUUCAAUGAACACCCUGCGUUCCGCCUGGCCAGUGACGGCUGCCUGCGCUCUCUAGCCGGGGAGUUCCAGACCAUCCACUGUGCCCCCGGGGACCUCAUCUUCCACGCUGGGGAGAGCGUUGACACACUCUGCUUUGUGGUGUCAGGGUCACUGGAGGUCAUUCAGGACGAUGAGGUCAUCGCUAUUCUAGGUGAGCAGCAAAAUGCAUCAUGGCAUCUUUCUCCAGUUUCCACACCAACUUACUGGUGAGUUCUUGAGUUUGUCUGUGGAUUAGUGGUGCGCGGGUCAGCUGUUUGUUUACCCGCAGCGGACCGCAAUUGCUAAUAACCCAUCCGCAACGCCCGACUAUAUAUGAUAAAGUGAAAAUCUGAGGCCCGCACCCAACCUUAACCCGCAAAUAUGGAAAAUGCACUGUAUGCUACAGUCAAAGACUGCAGAACGAUUUUUUAUAAUAAUAUAAUAUGCCAUUUAGCAGACGCUUUUAUCCAAAGCAACUUACAGUCAUGCGUGCAUACAUAUUUUUUUUUUUGUGUAUGGGUGGUCCCGGGGAUCGAACCCACUACCUUGGCGUUUCAAGUGCUGCGCUCUACCAGCUGAGCUACAGAGGACCACCAGAGGACAGGGGGUGCAGCAUUUUGUUUUGCCUGAUUUAGAUAUGUUUCAGCUUAUAAUUUCCCACAUUUUGGUAGGCUAUUUGUUAGUCAACUUGUCUAUAAUUAGAUACAUGCAGUGGCGAUUUUAGCAUGUAGAUCUUGAUGGGGCAGACUACAAAAAAAAUUGGGGGAUGCAUGCCACUACACAACACAACACUAAACAACGGUGACAAACAGUGCCCACAAACUGUUAGGGCCUAUAUAAAGCUGUCCCAACAGCAGAGUCCCAACAGCAGUCCCAACAGCAGUCCCAACACUUUACCACUACUACACCUGGCUAUCAGCGGAGCCUUGUCUGGCAGCGAAACAGUUAAUUCAGCCUCAUUUACUGCCUUUAAAAAAAACAUAGCUGAAAUACGGCUGACUUGCUUAAACGAAUGUGGUUUCUACUGUCAAUUGAGAUGUACAAACUAUGGCAUAAGGGGACGACGAGCGGAUAAGAGGCAAUCCGUAAUUUCGAUUAAGACAUUAAUGCGCGAGCUAGGACGGACAUAGUCAAUAUAACUAUUUGUUCAGCACUUUUGAAAUGUACAGCGACAGAAUUCAGAACAUGGGCCGUUCUUACAGUAUUCUCCCUGUACACCAAGUCAGAACCGUAGGAUAAAUAAAGGGGGCAUAUAAGCAGACAAUGAAAGCUCUUACAAUAUUUGAUGAUUACAUUUCUCUAAAACAGGCUAUAGGCUACAUGUGCAACACCAAGUCAGAACAGGAGGCGAAAUUAAGAGGGGAAAGGGGACCAAACUACACUGCUCAAAAAAAUAAAGGGAACACUUAAACAACACAAUGUAACUCCAAGUCAAUCACACUUCUGUGAAAUCAAACUGUCCACUUAGGAAGCAACACUGAUUGACAAUAAAUUGAACAUGCUGUUGUGCAAAUGGAAUAGACAACAGGUGGAAAUUAUAGGCAAUUAGCAAGACACCCCCAAUAAAGGACUGGUUUUGCAGGUGGUGACCACAGACCACUUCUCAGUUCCUAUGCUUCCUGGCUGAUGUUUUGGUCACUUUUGAAUGCUGGUGGUGCUUUCACUCUAGUGGUAGCAUGAGACGGAGUCUACAACCCACACAAGUGGCUCAGGUAGUGCAGCUCAUCCAGGAUGGCACAUCAAUGCGAGCUGUGGCAAGAAGGUUUGCUGUGUCUGUCAGCGUAGUGUCCAGAGCAUGGAGGCGCUACCAGGAGACAGGCCAGUACAUCAGGAGACGUGGAGGAGGCCGUAGGAGGGCAAUAACCCAGCAGCAGGACUGCUACCUCCGCCUUUGUGCAAGGAGGAGCAGGAGGAGCACUGCCAGAGCCCUGCAAAAUGACCUCCAGCAGGCCACAAAUGUGCAUGUGUCUGUUCAAACGGUCAGAAACAGACUCCAUGAGGGUGGUAUGAGGGCCCGACGUCCACAGGUGGGGGUUGUGCUUACAGCCCAACACUGUGCAGGACGUUUGGCAUUUGCCAGAGAACACCAAAAUUGGCAAAUUCGCCACUGGCGCCCUGUGCUAUUCACAGAUGAAAGCAGGUUCACACUGAGCACGUGACAGACGUGACAGAGUCUGGAGACACCGUGGAGAACGUUCUGCUGCCUGCAACAUCCUCCAGCAUGACCGGUUUGGCGGUGGGUCAGUCAUGGUGUGGAGUGGCAUUUCUUUGGGGGGCCGCACAGCCCUCCAUGUGCUUGCCAGAGGUAGCCUGACUGCCAUUAGGUACCGAGAUGAGAUCCUCAGACCCCUUGUGAGACCAUAUGCUGGUGCGGUUGGCGCUGGGUUCCUCCUAAUGCAAGACAAUGCUAGACCUUAUGUGGCUGGAGUGUGUCAGCAGUUCCUGCAAGAGGAAGGCAUUGAUGCUAUGGACUGGCCCGCCCGUUCCCCAGACCUGAAUCCAAUUGAGCACAUCUGGGACAUCAUGUCUCGCUCCAUCCACCAACGCCACGUUGCACCGUUUGGUGUUCGCCAAAAGGCAUGUGGGAGACUCCCCAAACAUAUGGAAGAAGGUACUCUGGUCAGAUUAGACUAAAAUUGAGCUUUUUGGCCAUCAAGGAAAACGCUAUGUCUGGCGCAAACCCAACACUUCUCAUCACCCUGAGAACACCAUCCCCACAGUGAAGCAUGGUGGUGGCAGCAUCAUGCUGUGGGGAUGUUUUUCAUCAGCAGGGACUGGGAAACUGGUCAGAAUUGAAGGAAUGAUGGAUGCUGCUAAAUACAGGGAAAUUAUUGAGGGAAACCUGUUUCAGUCUUCCAGAGAUCUGAGACUGGGACGGAGGUUUACCUUCCAGCAGGACAAUGACCCUAAGCAUACUGCUAAAGCAACACUUGAGUGGUUUAAGGGGAAACAUUUAAAUGUCUUGGAAUGGCCUAGUCAAAGCCCAGACCUCAAUCCAAUUGAGAAUCUGUGGUAUGACUUAAAGAUUGCUGUACACCAGCGGAACCCAUCCAACUUGAAGGAGCUGGAGCAGUUUGCAUGCUCAAGUUUUCAGUUUUUUUGUCUUAUUUAUUUCACAAUAAAACGUAUUUUGCAUCUUCAAAGUGGUAGGCAUGUUGUGUAAAUCAAAUGAUACAAACCCCCAAAAUACAAUUUAAUUCCAGGUUGUAAGGCAACAAAAUAGGAAAAAUGCCAAGGGGGGUGAAUACUUUCGCAAGCCACUGUAUUAAUGUCAAAAUAACAUGCAAAACAGUCAACCCCAAGGUGGUGCUCAAUAUGACGGGUCGCUACUGGAUACAUGUAGCUUUUCUUUUGUCAUUAUAUGUUUCCCUAGAAUACUAAAUAAACCCUUGCUCAACAGAAUGUAAUAUAUCGAUAGAAUGAAUGCUUCAAUCUAGUUGACAUCGGUAAAGUUUUCUCUGUCAUCUUUCGCAGAGCAAAGAUGUUUAGGUACUGGGGAGAAAAUACAAUAAAGCAAAAACAAACGGGAAAGAUUUUCUGUACAAAAUGUCCAAAUGACAUCAGUUUGACCGUUUGUAAGGAAAAAGAAAGCUGUGAAAACGACCCGACGUGUUUCUGAUACGAUUUCAGUUCGGCUUCGAUGCAUAUUUUAUGUGGUUGAAAUACUAUCAGCUUUUAUGAUGAAGACAGCACCUCUACAGAUGGUAUCUAACUGAGCAUUGCAUUCUCUCGAGAUGCAGAAAUAAAUUAAUCAUAUUUCUCCAAUGUUCCCAAAUCCAAAUUUUACCUACAUUUGGUGUAUAAUUUUACUGCAAGAAAUGUUUAAUUCUGCAGGAGUUAUUAUUAAGGCUAUAGCCCUAUUCGCACGGGACUAAUAGUAGUUAUACUAGAGAACGUUGGUUAUGUAUUUAAUACACCAGAAUGUCAGUUAUUCCAGAGGACGAUUCGGACGGGAUACGUUUUUUUCCAAACUGCCCCCUGUAAUUAUUUAUAUAUAUAAAUUGACAGUUAUGACGGAAGCCUGGAUGUUUUUUUCAAAGUGUGAAGAUAUUUCAAAAGGUCCAGGCGAUAACAGGCUACACUGAUAGCUCGAGCUUGGUUCCCAAGUUUCUAAACCAUACCAAACCAUCUUUGGUAUAGUGUCCCCAUAAUAUUUGAAUUGAGGAAGUGUGAUCAUAAAUCAUUAGGAUAUUUUAGCGAUCCGCAGUAGAAGACAUUCUAAAUGUGGGGGAGCCUUCAGAUGUGAGCUUAACUUGCAUUUGAAAUGCAUUUUUAGGCUAUGAAUGAGAAAGUGAAGUUGUUCCAAACGUUUAGCUCAGUUGUAAGCUGCUUUGCGAUCUCUUAACAGCAAGGGUUGCAUUAAACAGGUGCAAUUUUUUUGAAAUGAUGAAUUUGGCGAUGUUCAAUUCAAUCGCACAAAACGUAUAAACAAAAACAUUGACUGUGAAAGUUGAUACAUGUAGGCCAUUCAUAUAUAGGCUAUGCGCAGCACUUCGUUCAAUUUAUCGAAUCAGUUAUUGUUUUGUUGCUCAAACCGCGAGCAACACCUGUAAAACUCAGAUAUUUCUCUCAAAACACAGGGAUGUCGAUUCGCACGUGAGUAGUAUUAUCAAAGGACUUUGGAGUUUGGCAAAAAAAACAGUACGUUAUUUUGGUUAGUCAAUGUCCAGAUUUCAGUUUCCAUUUAACCCAUCUAGGCUACAGUUUCCUUGACGUGCCAUAGUAUUUGAAGUCCCGUCUUGUGACUGUCGAAUUUGUAUAGUGCCUCACAAUCAUCACACAUAACAUAGCCGGCACUGCUAUCAUCCUCUUUUACCACUUCACAAUAUCUUUUCCAAACAUUACUUUUUUGGCCCCCCCUUCUCUUUAUUUUUAACUCUCCUUUUGCAGCUUUUGUCUUAUUGAAUUAAACUUCGACAAUGUACAUUUUGCUUCCGUGGAUUGUUGUUAACUUUUUCUGCCAGUUCCCAAAAGCAUUAUUUGGCGAUUGGCUGUGUAGGCAAUUUGGCACGCGUAAACCCACAAGUUUAGGCUUAUGCACUAAUAGCAGAUAGCCUAAAAUAAUGAAAGAAAAACCUCAAUGUAGACUAUAUAAAUUGCACAAUAAUUAUGCAUUUAUGGAUUUUUUUAUGGUAUUGUGUCUCUUCCACCCGCACUUCAGCCAUACAAUAUUUAAUGACCCGCGCAUCACUGUUGUGGAUGAUGUUGUUUCAGGGGUUAGGCUAAUGCCUUGUAAACUCAAACAGCAAAAAAAAAAUAAUAAAAAAAAAUAGAUAAAGAUAUAUAAAGAAAGAAAGAUAAAGACAGAGUUGGAGACCAGCAGAGCAGGCUGUAGUGCCGGCGGGUGUUUGCGGAGGGUCUUUUAUUGCUUUUCCACUUCCUUGACUUCAUUAGGAGCUAGAGUAGGGCUGUAGUUAGAGCUUCAUAAAAAGUGUAUUAGCUACAGAUGAUUUGCCUCACAAACAACAUGGAGGACAUUAAUCAGCAGCUCAAAUGGACGCCAACGCGAGGCGUCUGUCUCGCCACCACGGGUGGGUCCGGGAUCACAUUUACGGUCUUCGAUUUAGAGCAGAUCGACACUGCAGGAGACUCACGGUGGGGGAGCAGUGGGGGGUUGGGCGCAGCACGAGAGGAAGGAGGCGCAAUGGUAGUCUGUACGUUUGUUCUAUCAUGUUUAAUAUUGUUGAUGGUAAGUUAUGUGCACUACUUAGAGACAAGUCAGUGUACAUGUGUAAAAAAAUAAGAUCUGUCACGCCUCAUUUGGUGCCCGAUCUGUUGCCAUUCACCCUGCUCAAUUCCACUUUACUGUAGGUAUGUGAUUCUAGUCAUACUGUAGACUCUGGUUGCAAAACCUGACAAGACUAUGGUAACAGGUGGUUGCUUAGAGACAGGGUGGCAGCUGACUGUGCUGUAUGUCUCAUGGGCAAACAGUGGAACACCUCCCUUUAGCCUUGGCCAACUCUGUGCCUCCCUCCCCCUGGAAGUAAGAGAUGUAAACAGGCAAGAGGAAUAGCUAGGGCUCAUAGCUGACUGGGGGAGUGAGAGAGAGACAGAGGCCGAGUGAGAUAGAAAGAGAGACCCCUCUGAUUUCCCCUGGCUAUCACUAAGCUAACUUUAAACUCUGGGUCUUUUCUCUCUUCUUCAUUAGCAGCCCAGUAGCAGAGGAGAGGAGCUGCCUGCAACACUCCCACUGUAACAAGCCUAUACCUGGACAACCUGCAGAAUCACACACCUUCACAUUAUUAAAUCCAUUACACUGGCCACAGGGCUACAGGAACUUUCCAUCAAACAAUAUUCCGUCAGCCUUAUCAGUUUAUGAUUUUCUCCUCUGUUCUGGCUUUGUUGUGUUUCGCGAAAUUAUGAUUUGAUUAAUUUCGCAAUCUAUUAUUCAUGCUGCGUUAUGAGAAAGGGGAUUUUAGUGGGGGAAAGUAUUCACACAGCAAUAUGUUCUGGCCCAGUGAACUGAUUGGAUCUGCAGUAAGCUGAGGGAGAUGAGACCGUAUCAGUCCUUCUCAGCACUGUGCCUUAGUCACAGAGAUCUGCUAGCUUACCACAAUUGAUCACACAAACAGGACAAACAUGAAACACUGAAUUCACUCCCAUCCACCUCCACAAAGGAUGAUUGAAGUGUGAGAGUAGCGCUGCAUUGAUCUUCAACCACAGACAGUAAGACACCUCCUCUCAGGUUGAGCCUGACCUCUAGCUCCUCUAGAGCCACCAUGCUGAUCUCUCUGACCUUCUCCAUAUCUGCUCCAAUAAUUGGUGGCGUGCUGUGUCUCUAAGGGGGGCUCAUUCUAGAUGUAUCCAGCACCGCAGGACUCUAGUUGGAUGGUUCCUCAGACCCAAUAGGGAAAUGGUACAGGAGAGAUAAGAUUCACACAUCCUGUCUGUGUUGUGGUUCUGAUGUUUGGGUUCUCUCUGCUGAAGGGUAGACUGAUUGGAUUGAGUUUCAUUGGUUUUCAUUUGGUGAUACUAGUGCAAUCCCUUGAAUGUGAACCAAUUGAACAUUGAUUUGAUAUUCAACUGACAUUUUAUGAUAAUUUUAGAUGGGUUGAAAUGAGAAGAAUACUUUUUUGUUGGUCUUUACCGGCUGUAGAGUAAAUCAGCUUGUAACAUUUUACUGUGCUCUGAGUAAUGAGUAUCUUUGGUUGCUAAGGGCUCAGCCAGGUAACCUCAUCGCUAAGGAAACCUUGAAACCUCAGAUCUCAAAAUAUCCAUGACUUCUGUGACUGGUGAUUUCACUGUGAAAAUACUAAAUAUUGUACUAUUUUGUCUCCCACACAAAUCUCUAAAUGUAUCUUUCCCCUCUCUCAGGUAAAGGAGAUGUGUUUGGAGAUGUGUUCUGGAAAGAGACCACUCUUGCACACGCGUGUGCUAACGUGCGGGCGCUGACGUACUGCGACCUGCAUGUCAUCAAGAGAGAGGCACUGCUCAAGGUUCUGGAGUUCUACACAGCCUUCGCUAACUCCUUCUCACGCAACCUCAUCCUCACCUGCAACCUACGCAAGCGGGUAUGA